UUUUGGCCUGCCGCAACCGUCCCGUAAGUACAGCAAGAUUCUCGACAUCGAGCUCACGCUUCCGCCUCGCCCCCCUGGCUUCGCGUUCGUGGAGUUGGCGGACCCCAGGGAUGCGGAGGACGCUAUAAGAGAGCUGGCCAUGACUUGGACGGCCACAGGCUGCUAGUGGAGCUGGCGCAUGGGGGCUGCGGGGGUGGCAGCUUCGGGGAUCGCCGGGGGGACUUCCAGCUGAGCGGGGGCGGGACGUCUUGCAGGACUGAGUACGGCGGUGCGUUGGUUGGAGGCAUGUCGGUUGGUGCAUGGGAUGGUGAUGAGACAGCUUCGGUGGUGGCUGGUGGGAUUCCCAGCCGCGAGGGGCGGGCCGUCUUGCAGGACUGAGUACCGCGGUGCGCUGUUUCUCUCCUUUUCCCAUCUGUGCAAUUCCUUGGACAUCUUCCAGUGAGCGCGGCGUCAGGAGACGGGUUAGCAAGUAGGAAAAAACAGUUGAAAACGAUGCUUAUGUAAACGCGAGUUUGGAGUAGUCGGAGCUCUUCCCUUAACAACCAAUUAAACAGGUGACAAACAUGUUUCGGCCGCAGGGCAUACCCUAGCGAGCCUUCUUCAGUGCCAAUGAGAAAGUAUG